GCAUCAUCACUGAAGCCAUCACUGGAACUUGGCGCUGACUUCCGGGCAAACACCAACACAAGUCAAUUACAUUGAGACCCCCAAACAUGCCCCGAGUACCAACAACGCGCGAAGUUAUUCCCGGCGCCGGGGUCAACAUUGUCCUCAAAGUCGAUCAACCCACCGGCCGUACCGUAUCCGGCACAAUCCAGGAUGUGCUCACCAAAGGAAACCAUCCCCGCGGCAUCAAAGUCCGCCUCACGGAUGGAAGAGUAGGCCGAGUGCAGUCCAUGAACAGCAGCCCCGACAGUGGAAGCGCCGACAUGGAAUCCUUCAAUGCCACCUUUGACUCUCCAUCACGUCAACCCCAUCACCGUGGCAGUUCACGUCCAGACCGCGGCGGACAUCUCCAAAAUCCUCCGACGCAGCAGUUUGGCCUGGAUGCGUAUAUCAAGCCGGCCAAGACGAAGAAGGGAAGAGGAUCUACCGUAUCCGAUCCUCUACCGUCUACUGUUGAACCGGAAGAGGAAUCGGUAUGCCCGGUGUGUGCCGAUUUCCGGGGUGAUGCCACGGCUGUUGCUCAUCAUGUUGCUGCCCACUUUGGUGAAUGAGGGGCAUUAUCAAGUUCGAUUUCCAUCUAGAGGUAC